UUAAACUUUCAUUUCACGACAGUCAACUCCCUUUCCAAAGGUAGAAAAAACAAAAAUCCAGAGAGAGCAGUGACUGAACCUGAAAUUUGCCCCACAAAGAAAGAAAAAAGCGGAUCUAUCGAACUUCGAGCACUCUCCCCUUUCUCCUUUUUUUUUUUUUUUUUGCCCCCGUCCUUUAUUACCUUUUUUUCCGCUUAACUGGAAAUCCGUUUGAUUGAUUUGAGAGCUUCAAGAAACGAAAUUCCCCAACUGAACUCUCCCUCCAUUUUCCAGCUCUUCCCAAUCUUCCAAAUUCCACCACUCUCUCACAUGCCGAAGAGCAGCGAUGAGGGUUCACCUACUGCUGCUACCACCGCUUCCUCGAUCCACAGCUCCAAGAAGGCAGAGGAGCUCCCGCCGGUCCUCAAGAAAUCCAAGACUUCAAUCUCCGACGACACUCAUUUCCCCGGUCCACUCUUCCCCGCCGUCCGCCGCUCUUCUUCCACUUCGUCCACCACCACUAAUUCUUCUUCUUCUUCUGCUGCUGCUUUCUCUCAUCAGCUCCGGCCUCAGCUCGCGGAUCUCCGCGUCUCCGUCGGGAGUAGCAACUCCGAUUCGCCUUCCACUUCUUCAGCUGCUUUCAGUAGCUUCGGUAGCAGUAGCGGCAAUGGUCCGGGAAGCUUCGGUAGCAGUAGCGCUUUUGCGGAUCGGGACUGGAUGUACCCGUCGUUUCUCGGCCCGCACGUGACUCGGAAUCGCGUCACGGUGAAAGGCCGGCGGGGCGGCGGCGUCAGCGGCGGCGGCGGGGUGCAGGGGAGUAAAGUGGCGGAGGUGGAUCAGCAAGUAAUUGCUGCUCGCUCCGGUAGCAGUAGUAGUAGUGGGUUGAGGGAGGGAAGGGGAGAGAGUAACAGUAAAUUGAAGGUAGAAAGUAAAAAGAACGCCGCGGCGGCGAGUCGAGUUUUGGUGGCUCAGCCGAGUUCAGCGACUCAGCCUGAAAUACGGAGGACUCGUGUGUCGAAGCAGCAUUCGUUCAGCUAUUACUUGCUCCUGUUCACUUGUACAUUGUCAAUGUCUUAUUCAAUUCACCUGCGGAAUGAACUCGGGAGGAUAGAGGCAGAGAAUUUUAACCUCCGGAAAGGGUGUAGGGACAAAGGUGGUGUAGGUAAUGGCGGCGUCGAAGUUUUGCAGCAGGCUGAAGAUAGCUUGUUUAGUUUCGGAAGUGCUGACAGUAGAACUCUUGCUUUGUACAUUGUGAUAGUCACUCUUCUUAUGCCAUUUGCUUUCUACAAAUACAUCGAUCAUCUUCCACAGAUAAAGACAAUGUCUAAAAGAUUGGAGAAUAGUAACAAGGAAGGGGUUCCUUUGAAAAAAAGAAUCGCUUACAGGGUGGAUGUGUGUUUCUCUAUUUAUCCCUAUGCAAAGCUGCUUGCUCUCCUAUUUGCAACCAUCUUUCUCAUAGGUUUUGGUGGGUUGGCAUUGUAUGCGGUCAGUGAUGGUAGCUUGACCGAAGCUCUUUGGCUAUCAUGGACAUUUGUAGCUGAUUCAGGGAAUCAUGCUGAUAGGACUGGUACUGGGCCAAGGAUAGUUUCUGUCUCUAUAAGCUCUGGGGGCAUGCUGAUUUUUGCCAUGAUGCUUGGACUUGUCUCGGAUGCUAUUUCAGAAAAGGUGGAUUCUCUUAGGAAAGGGAAAAGUGAAGUCAUUGAAAGAGAUCAUAUAUUAGUUCUUGGAUGGAGUGACAAGUUGGGUUCACUUCUGAAGCAACUGGCCAUUGCGAACAAGAGCGUUGGGGGAGGUGUUGUGGUUGUGUUAGCUGAAAGGGACAAGGAAGAAAUGGAGAUGGAUAUAGCUAAACUGGAAUUUGACUUCAUGGGCACAUCAGUUAUAUGUAGAAGCGGCAGUCCUCUUAUCCUUGCUGACUUGAAGAAAGUUUCAGUGUCAAAGGCCAAAGCAAUAAUUGUAUUAGCAUCGGAUGAAAAUGCAGAUCAGAGUGAUGCGCGUGCAUUGAGGGUUGUGCUCAGCCUGACAGGAGUUAGGGAGGGUUUGAGAGGUCAUGUUGUUGUAGAGAUGAGUGACCUUGACAAUGAACCUCUAGUGAAGCUUGUUGGAGGGGACCUGAUUGAAACAGUUGUUGCUCACGAUGUCAUUGGCCGUUUGAUGAUCCAGUGUGCUUUGCAACCUGGCCUUGCACAGAUUUGGGAAGAUAUUUUAGGGUUUGAGAAUGCAGAAUUUUAUAUCAAACGAUGGCCCCAGCUUGAUGGUAUGUCAUUCGAGGACGUGCUUAUUUCAUUCCCUGAUGCAAUUCCUUGUGGAGUUAAGGUUGCUGCCGAAGGUGGGAAGAUAAACAUAAAUCCAGAUGAUAACUAUGUGUUGCGAGAAGGAGAUGAAAUCCUAGUCAUCGCUGAGGAUGAUGACACGUAUGCUCCAGGUCCUAUUCCAGAGGUGCGUAGAGGGUCCUUCCCAAAGAUACCUGACCCUCCAAAAUAUCCUGAAAAGAUACUGUUCUGUGGUUGGCGCCGAGACAUCGAUGAUAUGAUUAUGGUUCUAGAGGCAUUCCUGGCUCCAGGUUCGGAACUAUGGAUGUUCAACGAGGUCCAUGAGAAGGAAAGAGAAAAGAAGCUGAUUGAUGGUGGACUGGACAUUUCUGGACUAGAGAACAUCAAACUUGUUCACCGUGAAGGGAAUGCUGUUAUUAGAAGGCAUCUGGAGAGCCUUCCACUAGAGACUUUUGAUUCUAUAUUAAUUCUUGCAGAUGAGUCAUUGGAGGACUCCAUUGUUCAGUCUGACUCGAGAUCUCUUGCGACCCUUCUCCUCAUCCGAGAUAUACAGUCGAAGCGCCUUCCAUAUAAAGACAGAAAGUCAACAUCGUUCCGGCUUUCUGGGUUCUCUCACAGCUCUUGGAUUCGGGAAAUGCAGCAAGCUUCCGACAAGUCCAUCAUCAUAAGCGAAAUCCUGGAUUCCAGGACUAGAAACUUGGUAUCGGUUUCCAGAAUCAGCGACUACGUGCUGUCGAAUGAGCUUGUCAGCAUGGCUCUGGCAAUGGUAGCUGAAGACAAGCAAAUCAACCGUGUUCUGGAAGAACUAUUCGCCGAGGAGGGGAACGAGAUGUGCAUAAAGCCAGCAGAGUUCUACCUGUACGACCAGGAGGAGGUCUGCUUCUACGAGAUCAUGGUCAGGGGCCGGCAGAGGAACGAGAUAGUGAUCGGUUAUCGGCUGGCUCAGGCUGAGCGCGCCAUAAUGAACCCUCAGGGGAAGUCGGAGCCAAGGAAGUGGUCCGUCGAUGAUGUCUUUGUUGUCAUCUCCCUGGGUGAAUGAACCAACAAUGCUGGGAUCCAAGCAUUAGCAUUAGCAUUAGCAGAGGAGAUGAUGACGAAGAAGAUGGUGGUUGCAGUACGACGCCUUCCUGCCUUGUACUCCACGUUAUAGAACUAGAUUCCGAUGUAUCGACGUGAAAUCAACCUCGAGUUUAGCUCGAAUCAAAAAUGAGUCAAAGUUUUUAUUAAACAAGCCGAGAUUGAGUUUGAACUCGACUCGUUUAUUAACAAAUUGAAGCCAAACCAUGUCAAAACUAGGCUCAACUCGUCUCAAUUGCCGUCGUAUUAGAGCAAAACAUUGAAACUUAUCAGCCGGUUUCGGCUGGGCCGGACGACAACUUUGAAGCCACAUCACCUUUACACAUCAACUUGAAGCCAGUUCAUCGACAAGUUUUUAACACUCAACAACGAUAGACUCUGCUAAAGUGUAAACUGUUUGCUAUUAUCUUCCGAUUUUCUUCUAACAACAUUGAGAAAAUAAAAAUAUUUGGACUGGAUCAAAACCGAGUCAAACGCUCUUACGGCAGCUCAAGCCCAAGCCCACAAUAUUGGACAAUUCUAUAGUCGCAGCGUAAGAUGACGAUGGCGGUUUCUUGCGGGAAUAUAAAUACUUUGAUCCGCGCCAAUUUCGCGAGGGAUUGGGAUUUGCAAUUUCGCAUAAAGCUCUUUCUUCUUUUCGCAUAAAGCUCUCUGGUCACAGCCGCGGCCAUGGACAACGGCAAGAAGCCUGUAUUCCUAUCGGCAGCCGAGAGGGAGAAGUUAGCGAGCGAUCCAGCGCUGACAAGAGGAAAACGAUCUGCAGAAGAAGCGCCGGGAACAGCUUCUCUCGCCGAAGCGAACAGCCUGAAGCCAUUCUCUGCCGGCUCCGACCGCCGCCCGCUAUCGAGGCGGAGAUAGAGACCGCGAAAGAGAUGGAGACCGAGAUUGCGAUUGAGAAACGAUAUGAUACUGACGUUGAGCCGGUCAAGCAAGCCCUCGAGUAGAGCUCGUUUAAUGAGCCCGACUCAAAUACGAGCCAAAGUUUUAGUAAACGAGUCCAACUCGAGUUCGACUCAAUUAUUAACAAACUGAGCUCAAAUUAUGUCAAAACUCGCUCGACGCCCGUAACUGGAGGUAAGAUUAGAAGAAAAAGCUAGUGUCAUGCAAUAAACAACGAGUAACACG